AUGAUCAGUGGCAGGUACCACGAAGUGCUUGAACGGCUCGGAAAGGCGGAACCAUCAACAGUGGACGAGUGCAAAGCUGUAUUGGAGCGCAUUCGUGUCAACAAAGGCCACAUCGACGAGGAUUACCGACUGGAUUUGGAGAAGCUUUCCCACGGACAUCGCGACCGGACAUUGUAUGUUUUUGCAAAACAGCGCAAGCUUGAGGCAGCUUUCACCAAAAGCAUCUCCCAGCAGCUUUACUCGUCCAAGUAUCGUUUCUUGUACGAACUUGUUCAGAAUGCUGACGAUUCGCUGUACAACGAGGCGCACAGCGCAUCGGUACUACCCUUUCUCCGAUUCAAGAUCGCGCCAGAUGCUUUCAUUGUGGAAACAAAUGAAGAUGGCUUCAGACUAGCCAACGUUGAGGCAGUGUGUGCGACUGGGGAAAGCUCGAAGAAAUCGUCAGCUACAGACGAUCACAUCGGAGAGAAAGGCUUCGGAUUCAAGUCUGUGUUCUCCAUUGCAGAGGACGUGCACGUUCAAUCUGGACUUUGGUCAUUUCGGUUUCAACAUCGGCGCGGGGACGACGGUCUUGGUAUGGUGACGCCUCUGGACGCCGAGCCAGUCACUCUCUCUGAGGAUGUGACUACAAGAAUAACUUUGCGCCUCGCGAGGGAUGCAACUGCAGAGUACCAGGGCUUACUCAAUGCUGUCGCAAGCAUGCCUGAUACAACACUCUUCUUCUUGCAGAGACUACGCAGGUUCCGUAUUCAUGUCACAGACCCAGACCUGGACGACAAAGAAGUGACAACCACUUUCGAGAGAAUCGCACUUGAAUCUCCCCCAAGUCGCGUUCUUAUCAGGCGCCAGGAAGAGUUCAACGAUGAAAUCACGGUUGACGAAAGCUUGUAUCGUUGUUUCACUCACGUCGUCGAGAAUAUGCCAGCACACGAAUACCGGGAGGGUCGCGGAUCAGCGCGCGUCGAGCUGGCCUUUCCAGUUGACUCCACAACACAGCAGCCAAAGCUUAGCGAAUCCGGGCAUCAUGUUUUCGCUUAUUUACCAUUGCAGCGUUUGCAACAAGUUCAGACGUUCGCGAUGGCUGUUGAAGAGUUCACGAAAGACGGUGAUCCCCUGGGGUAUUCUUGGCUCGACUACCUACCUACCGGACUAAGCGACGAUCGAUGGAAACCAAUGCGUCAACUGAUUACAAAAGAGCUCGCAGAGAAAACCAUCCUGCAGACUUGGCGACAGCGACGUCUUAGAAGACCAGGAGAACUACGUUUACUACAGGACAACAUGCUCCAUGGCGGCAAACCGAUCUUGGAGGCCAUAUUGGAUGAUGUCGACCUUGCCCCUGAUUACAUCCCUAAAUACGUCUCUGAAGUUUUCUCCCUUGGGGCAUGGUCGAUCAAAGCCCCCGAUGUUGGUGUCCAAAAUAGACUGAGGAAACUGGCUAUAAUACCUCUGCAGAAUCGUCGGCAGUGGACAGGCGCACCAGGGCAAAGCAGCGGUGGGAGUUUGGAUCAUAUCUACUUCUCUGAUGUCGACGGCAUUCAUAUUCCCAUCUCGAUAGGAUUGAAUCUCCUCGAUACACACGCGUCUUCGAAUCCGACGCGAAAAGCCUUUUACACAGCACUCGGUGUCGAGGAGUGUUCGCAUGAGUUGGUUGUGGGCAGGAUCAAGCAGAUACAUGGCCGCGCCAACAAAGCUCCUGCUGAUAUACCGUCCCAUCUUCGAUACCUUUUCUGCGCGAAUGAGGAAGCUUCGCUGCUCAAACAAUGGAUCUGGGUGCCGACAACAAGCGGGCAUGUGAGAGACUCUGCAACGUUAUACUUCCCGUCAGAAGAAGCCCAUCAUCUCCAUCAAGCUCUUGCUGGAAUUCAUCCCUCGAGAUAUCAGGGAAUCUUGGAAUUUGUUGACAAGUCUCUAGUCGACUGGGAAGAAAACUCUGCGAAGGACCAGCGUGAUGCGUGGGAAAAGUGGUUGGAGCAGGCGACAGGUGCCCGAUACUAUCCGCCUCUCGUGUACGAAAAUGCAAAGACGUCUUUGCAAGAGCUUUCCCCAGCUUUAAGGGCACUCUCCAAGUGGAAAUGUAAUGCAUUUCUAGACAUGCUCAGACAGCAUUGGCACGAUUACCAAAAGGACGUCUCACGCAUCGAAGCCCAGCUCAGGAACCUAGAAGUACGAUGCGCCGUUAUAGCUGGUGAGCCUUGGCAAGACGAGGCUCUUCAAGACACAUACCUACCUACGGUCGACGUCAUUGAUCAGGUGCUGACUCUUGGUCUAACCUUGGGCACGUUUUCAAUACUCGCUAUACCUGAUUUUCGCCGGACGUCGGACAAGCUUGACAAAGAUGGCCGUGUAAAGUGGCGAUUUUUGGAAGAAUUUGGCGUACGUAGCGAGGUAGAUCUCGAGUUCUACGAGCGCGCUCUUCAGGGUAUCAGGUCAGUGGCUCAAGAUCCUGAUUUGGGAAUUCUGGAGAGGAUAUAUGCUGGCCUAGCGAAGUUCGCUACGGCAGACGAUCACGACGAUCUUUGCGAACUCUUCUCCCAAGAGCUGCUCUGGAUACCCAGCAGUAGAAGCUGGGUAGACAAAUCCUCAUGCGUCUGGCAAGGCCCAGCCUUUUUGCGAUACAAGAGCGUGUUGCACUCGCACUAUGGGCAUAUUCCUGCACUGUCUAGAUUCUUUCAAGGAACUCUAGAUGUACCAGAUGCUGUCCCCGAGGAUGUCUUGGAAGAGCUGAUCAAACGACGGCAAGCUGCCGAUCUCACAACCACCCUUUCCGUUGCAGGAGACAUCUAUUCAUACAUCCGUGAUAAUACAGUCCGUGACGAGGAGGGGCAGAUACUGAGGACGCAGUUCCAGCAAGACGAUUUGAUCUUGGGCACGAAUAACACCUGGCACACCCUGGAGACGUGUGUGUGGCACAGCCGUUUCUUGCUUUCCGGAUACGAAGACCUUAGCUCCAUCUACCCACAAUUGGAAACCUUCUUCGUGAAGCAUCUCAAAGUCAAGAAAGUCACACCGACUAUGGUUAUCAAGGAGAUAUCGAAAAUGGUCAGGAACAAAUCGCCCGACUACGAUAAUAUCCGAAAGCGGCUCGUCGACGUCAGCAGGAUGCUGACUACUACCAAGCUGGAUAAGGCAACUAAAGAUGCGCUAUCCGAUCUUGCGGCAAGCAAGUUCCUGCCCAAAAGACUUGCCAAUGGCGGUACAGUCCUCCUUAGCCGUCACGAUGCCUACGCUAUCCGGGACCAUACUCGAUAUGGCAGCGCCUUUGAGGAGCAUGACAUCUUAGUCGACUUCUCCGUUGAGGAGGUUCAAAUUAUGAACGUCAUGUUCACGCAUACCGGUAUCAAGAGGUAUUAUCUCUCGUCUUUGGUGGUCGAGAAGUCCACGGUCGAGGAAGAUAGUGAGGAAGACGAUGCCCUUACGCAAAAACUGCAAGUGAAAGCGUACGCUCUAUAUUGCUGUGCUGCGAAGUACAAGAGUGUGAAAGCUCUCCAUGGAGAUCACUCACUUUUCGACACUUUGUCAGCGGUUCGGAUCUCCAGAGGCGAUCUCGCGACCCACCUGGUCAUCGACAACAAAGACCCAGACCUUCAUCUUAGUGUUCGAAGCGAGCGAUCAUUCAUACACCAUGAGAUAACGGCAGACGGUCUAAGAAUCUACGUACCCAAAGGCCCGAAGCAACGUCAAUCUUCCUAUCGAUCACAGCUUCCGAAACUGCUUGCAGACAUCAUGGAAGUCGACGACAGCGCACGUCAUGACAUCUCUGUCAUCAUUGGUAGCGACCUUCGAGCCUUAGACGACAUCCUGAUCGAGCUCGAUAUAUCGUGCGUGUCGUGGAUCACAAAGCCAGUCUUGAAUCUACCGGACGAUGAAGAUGAGGAUGGGGAUGAGGAUGAGGAUGAUUCAUCGUCGCCGUUUGAGCCGCGACACGUGCACAAUGCUGAAAAUACAAGCACGCGAAGACGCUCUUCUCAAGUCUCAGCAAAUGGGUCUGUGAACUCAUCCGAUUCAACCUUCGUCGAAGAUGUGACAGCUAGCUCCAGACAUGCGGCCUACAGUCCCAAAGCAAGUCGCAGCUUAGAUCAGGAGCGUAUUAACCGCCUUCACGGAGCUCUAGGUGAAGCAUUUGUUUUUGAAACGCUCGCCGCUCUCAAUUUGACCGACUUCACGCUCGACAAUUGGCGCAGUACGAUUCGCGGAGAGCUCUCACGCUAUCCGAAAUACGCCGGCAUUGCCAACUGGCAGGGUCGCGAAACAGCGGAUAUCGUCUACACGGAUCGCGAUGGUACGCUGACGCAGUGGUUGAAGGGGAGAUGCACAGGUGGCUAUCCUGCUAGUAGUACUGAGCGUGACUUCGCGAAGCACCCGAUCGAAUACUACUUCGAAGUCAAGAGCACAACAAGUGCUUGUGAGACGAGGUUCUUCCUGAGUGCCGGACAGUACAAACUCAUGCAUGAGAUGGCUGUUCAAAGAGACCAGGAGGCAACCAGAAUGUAUGUCAUUAUGCGAGUGUCUUAUCUUUUGUCGGACGACAAAGGAUUGAAGAUCUACGUUGAUCCUGUGCGACUGAAAGGAACAUAUGUUGAUUUCGAAGCGGAAGGUUGGGUUGGACAGACUCUAUGA